AUGGUUGGAGAUCUACAUGGCUACGCUAACGCUGUCAUAGGAGAUCAGGUUUCUCCAUCCACCGUCGGCGGUCGGAAAGUUGCCAAUGCAUCCGCGCUGGGCGGCUUCGCGAACGGCGUAGCCACCGGUGGGGCACCACUAACCCGCCUGGCCAUCUACAAAGCGUGUUGGCAAGUGCCUUUCGAUGAUAUGAAAGCAACUUUCUGCCAAGAUGACGACGUGUUGGCGGCAUUUGAUCACGCGGUCGCCAAUGGGGUUCAGGUGAUUAGCAUAUCCCUUGGUUUAUUGCCUCAAGAUAAUUACUUCACACAGGAUGGCGUCGCGCUUGGAGCAUUGCAUGAGAUGAAGAGGAACAUUGCAGUGGUCGGUAGCGCUGGAAAUUAUAGGGAACCAUUUUGCCGGCAAGACACACUUUCACCGGAUAAAGUGAAAGGGAAAGUAGUGUUUUGUCAAGCUGGAGGUUUAUCCCAGACAUUAGAAGUGGAAAGAGCCGGCGGCGCAGCUGUCAUAUUAGGGAAUAUUCAAAGUGAGAUACUAGUUGAUAGUUUUCUGAUUCCAGCUACAAACAUCUUUAAUCCUUCCGGGGCAGAUGCAAUUCUGAAAUACAUUUUGACCAACAAGAAUCCAGUGGCCACUCUCAUUCCUGGAAAAAUAAUUUUUGGUGCUAAACCAUCACCGGCCAUGGCUCCUUUUACCUCAUUAGGUCCAAGUUACUCGGAGCCUAACAUCCUCAAUCCUGAUAUUACAGCUCCAGGGCUUAAUAUUUUAGCAGCAUGGAGUGAGGCAUCCUCACCUUUAGAACUACCUGAAGAUCAUCGAAGUUUUAAGUAUAACAUCGUAUCAGGAACAUCCAUGUCGUGCCCUCAUGUCUCUGCUGUCAUUGCGCUUCUUAAAGCCAUACAUCCUAACUGGAGUGGUGCUGCCAUAAAAUAUGCUAUUAUGACAACUGCUACAACUAAGAGUGUGAAAGGAGAAGCAAUAAAGGAUGCAUAUGGAGAAGUUGCAGGUCCCUUCCAUUACGGGGUAGGCCAUAUUCAGCCAUCAAAAGCGGCUGAUCCCGGGUUCGUAUACGAUUCAACAUACACGGACUAUCUUCUCUUUGUUUGCUCCAGUAUCGGCACUACACUAGACCCCUCUUACAAAUGCCCAAAGAAAGCUUCAUCUCCAAGUAAUCUCAACUAUCCAUCCCUAUCAAUAGCUCAGCUCAAAGGGUCAAUGGUUGUGAAAAGAACAGUCACAAAUGUGGGCACAGCAAACGCUACGUAUUCUGUGGAGGUGAAAGCCCCAGCUGGAUACUCUAUCAAAAUUUCUCCAACAGAGUUGAAGUUUAUGGAGGUUGGAGAAAAGCAGAGUUUCUUUGUAAGUGUUAAGGCUGAAAGUGUUAAGAAGGCUGGGGAGUUUGAAUUUGGUUGGUAUAAAUGGAGUGAUGGGAUUCACAUGGUUAAAAGUCCAAUUGUUGUUUCAUCAGCAUAGCUUUCGACCUUUGGCUUUCAACUUAGGAGAUUCCCAGUGAAAACCUGAAAUUAUUAUCACAAUAAAUUGUCAAACGCAUGUAAUAAUGUAGCUGGUGAAAGAUGGUCAAAUGGAUGAAAAGUUUUCGUUUCUUCAUGGUUAUGUAACAUAAUUUAGUAUUUAUAUUGUGUAACAAAAUAUUUAUAAGCACAAAUAAUGAUUGUUAUCUUUAAAUUAU